GAAGUUGUCACCGAUCCCCUUUAAUUCUUUUUUUGAUGGUAUAUAAAUAGCCACUAACUUUCCUCUACGCCUAUUCUCCAUACUCCCUCUUCACAACAAGAAGAGCGUGAGACUCUUUCAAUUACAUCUAAGUUGGAAAUAAUCAAAACACAAAUCCCCGGAAAUAUCGAAAAAAAAUCCUCUCUCCACUUCCAUAUGAAAAAAAACACCAUCAUUUCUCUGCUCAGUUUUUUCAUAUUUUAAUCUUCAACCUCUCGAAUCGAGCUUAGAAGGAAGUAACUAAUAUUAGCCCCCAAAAAAUGGAAGGCGAACAAAGCAUAAAUGGAGGAGGUAGGAGGUUAGGCAGUAGUAGAAGUAGUUUAAGCAGAACAAUGAGUAGAAGCAAAAGCAGAGCAAGUUGGAUGGUAGAAGAUGUAUUUAAUCCUAUGCCAAGUAGAAGAAGCACUCGUGGUGAAGAAGAUGAAGAAGCAUUAACAUGGGCUGCUUUAGAGAAAUUGCCUACCUAUGAUCGAUUGAGAAAGACUGUGCUUAAAUCGUUUGAAGAGAUUGAGAAUAAUCAAGCUAGAAAAGUUGUUAAGGAAGUUGAUGUGAGAGAUUUGGGGAUCAAUGAACGUCAAGAGUUUAUUGAUCGGUUUUUCAGAGUUGCUGAGGAAGAUAAUGAAAAGUUUCUCGGAAAAUUCAGAAGUCGAAUUGACAAAGUUGGUAUUACACUUCCUACAGUAGAGGUUCGUUACGAACAUUUAACGAUAGAGGCUGAUUGCUAUAUUGGGGAUAGAGCUCUCCCUUCGCUACCUAACGCUGCAAGAAACAUUGCAGAAUCAGCUUUGAGUUGUGUUGGAAUUAAUUUGACAGAGAAAACUAAACUUACUAUUCUUAAAGAUGCUUCUGGGAUAGUCAAGCCCUCUAGGAUGACCCUUUUAUUAGGUCCACCAUCUUCUGGGAAAACGACUCUUCUGUUGGCCUUGGCUGGAAAAUUAGACCCUAGCUUAAAGGUUAGAGGAGAAAUCACAUACAACGGGCACGGGUUAAAGGACUUUGUACCUCAAAAGACAUCGGCAUACAUUAGUCAAAAUGAUGUUCAUGUUGCUGAAAUGACUGUUAAAGAAACUCUUGAUUUCUCUGCUAGAUGCCAAGGGGUUGGCUCUCGUUAUGAACUUCUAACGGAACUUGCAAGGAGAGAAAGGGAUGCUGGAAUUUUCCCAGAGGCUGAAAUUGAUCUUUUCAUGAAGGCAACUGCUAUGGAGGGAGUUGAGAACAGCCUUAUCACUGAUUACACACUCAGGAUUUUGGGACUUGAUGUGUGUCGAGACACAAUUGUUGGGGAUGAAAUGAUACGUGGCAUUUCAGGCGGUCAGAAAAAACGUGUCACUACAGGGGAGAUGAUUGUUGGACCAACAAAAACACUAUUCAUGGAUGAGAUAUCUACUGGAUUGGACAGUUCCACCACAUUUCAGAUAGUGAAAUGUUUACAACAAAUUGUACAUCUUACUGAGGCCACCGUCUUGAUGUCUCUUCUUCAGCCUGCUCCUGAGACAUUUGAUCUUUUUGAUGAUAUUAUUCUCUUAUCUGAAGGCCAGAUUGUUUACCAAGGCCCACGUGAACAUGUUGUCGAAUUCUUUGAAAGCUGUGGCUUUAAAUGUCCAGAAAGAAAGGGCACUGCUGACUUCUUGCAAGAGGUUACAUCAAGAAAAGACCAAGAGCAGUACUGGACAAAUAGACAUCAGCCGUACCAGUACAUAUCAGUAUCUGAAUUUGCAAAGAGAUUCAAGCGCUUCCAUGUUGGCUUACGUAUAGAAAAUGAGCUCUCAGUUCCCUAUGAGAAAACAAGAAGUCACCCAGCAGCUUUAAUAUUCCAGAAGUAUACUGUCCCUAAACUAGAGCUUCUAAAGGCAAACUUUGACAAAGAAUGGCUCUUGAUCAAGAGGAACUCUUUUGUUUACAUUUUCAAGACCGUUCAAAUUGUAAUCGUUGCACUUAUUGGAUCAACCGUGUUCCUGAGGACCAAUAUGCACACCAGGACUGUAGAUGACGGCGUUACCUACGUUGGUGCCCUCCUAUUUGGAAUGGUCGUCAAUAUGUUCAAUGGUUUCUCUGAACUUGCGCUCAUCAUACAGAGGCUUCCUGUUUUCUACAAGCAUAGGGACCUUCUCUUCCAUCCACCAUGGGCUUUCACCUUACCAACGGUGCUCCUUAAAGUUCCAAUUUCUGUGUUAGAGACUAUCGUGUGGAUGGUCAUGACAUAUUACACCAUUGGUUUUGCCCCUGAAGCUAGCAGGUUCUUCAAGCAAGCACUUUUGGUGUUUCUGAUCCAACAAAUGGCUGCUGGAUUAUUUAGGGUCACUGCAGGAGUUUGUAGGACUAUGAUUAUUGCAAAUACUGGUGGAGCACUCACGCUCCUUCUUGUGUUUCUGUUGGGUGGUUUCAUCCUUCCUAGAAGUUCAAUUCCAGACUGGUGGCGAUGGGGCUCUUGGGUUUCACCUCUUUCCUAUGGGUUCAACGCCCUCACUGUAAAUGAAAUGUUUUCUCCAAGGUGGAUGAAUGAAUUUGACACAGACGGAAUUACUAGAGUGGGUGUGCGAGUGAUGAAAAACUUUGACGUUUUUACUGAAAAAAGAUGGUUUUGGAUUGGUGCUGUUGCUCUCUUGGGGUUCGCAAUUCUCUUCAACGUUCUUUUCACCGUUGUUCUUAUGUAUCUCAACCCUCUAAACAAGCCACAAGCUAUACUAUCCAAAGAGCAGGCCAGAGAUAUGGAAGACGAUCAAGAAGAAAGCAGGGAACCCCCUAGAAUUAGAAUCGACAGGUCGAAGAGAGAUGAUCUCCCUCGAUCCUUAUCUGCAGCAGAUGGAAACAGGACAAGAGAAAUGGAAAUCCGACGAAUGAGCAGUCGCACCAGCUCAACUGGCCUCCAUAGAAAUGAAGAUGCAAAUCUUGAAGCUGCAAAUGGUGUUGCGGCAAAGAAAGGAAUGAUUCUGCCAUUUACCCCUCUGGCAAUGUCCUUCGAAGAUGUUAGCUACUUUGUUGACAUGCCACCUGAGAUGAGGGACCAAGGAGUGACAGAGGACAAACUUCAAUUGCUUCGCGAAGUGACUGGUGCAUUUAGGCCGGGAGUAUUGACAGCACUAAUGGGAGUCAGUGGAGCAGGAAAGACUACACUCAUGGAUGUUCUAGCUGGGCGUAAGACUGGAGGUUACAUCGAAGGUGAUGUAAGAAUAUCUGGAUUUCCGAAGAAGCAAGAAACAUUUGCCAGAGUUUCAGGAUAUUGUGAACAAACUGAUAUACACUCACCUCAAGUAACUAUCCAUGAAUCUUUGUUAUUUUCGGCUUUCCUCCGGCUCCCUAAAGAAGUCAGAAAUGAAGAUAAGAUGAUUUUUGUUGAUGAAGUAAUGGACCUGGUUGAGCUAGACAAUCUCAAGGAUGCAAUUGUAGGGCUACCAGGAGUUACUGGUUUGUCAACAGAACAAAGAAAAAGAUUGACCAUUGCAGUAGAGCUUGUUGCAAAUCCUUCAAUUAUAUUCAUGGAUGAACCAACUUCUGGUCUUGACGCAAGAGCAGCAGCUAUUGUUAUGAGAACUGUGAGAAACACAGUAGACACAGGGAGAACUGUCGUCUGCACAAUACAUCAACCAAGUAUCGAUAUAUUUGAAGCAUUUGAUGAGCUGCUUCUUAUGAAAAGAGGAGGGCAAGUAAUCUACGCAGGCCCAUUAGGUCGACAUUCUCAGAAAAUUAUUGACUAUUUCGAGGCAAUUCAAGGAGUUCAAAAAAUUAAAGAGAAAUAUAAUCCAGCUACCUGGAUGCUAGAGGCAAGUUCAAUUUCCACAGAAACUCGACUAGGAAUGGAUUUUGCUGAAUACUACAGAUCAUCAGCUUUGCAUCAACGAAAUAAGGCUCUUGUCAAAGAGUUGAGUGUACCUCCUCCUGGAGCCAAAGACCUCUACUUUACCACACAAUAUUCCCAGCCCACAUGGGGCCAGUUCAAGUCAUGCUUAUGGAAACAGUGGUGGACUUACUGGAGAAGUCCAGACUAUAACCUUGUCAGAUUCUUCUUCAGUCUGGCUGCAGCACUAAUGAUUGGGACAAUUUUCUGGAAUGUUGGCAGUAAAAGAGAAAAUAGCAACGAUCUCAUGACAGUCAUCGGGGCAAUGUAUGCAGCUGUACUGUUUGUUGGAAUCAAUAAUUGUUCUACCGUACAGCCAAUUGUAGCCGUUGAAAGAACUGUCUUUUAUAGAGAAAGGGCCGCUGGGAUGUAUUCGGCAUUACCAUACGCUAUUGCACAGGUAAUUGCAGAAAUACCAUACAUACUCGUCCAAACAACAUACUAUACUCUCAUAGUAUAUGCUAUGAUCGGUUUUGAGUGGACGGCAGCUAAAUACUUCUGGUUCUAUUUUAUAACCUUCUUCUCCUUCCUAUACUGGACAUACUAUGGAAUGAUGACUGUUUCCAUCACACCAAACCACCAAGUAGCUGCCAUCUUUGCUGCCUCAUUUUAUGCGCUCUUCAAUCUUUUCUCCGGUUUCUUCAUUCCAAGACCGAGAAUUCCCAAGUGGUGGAUAUGGUAUUACUGGAUCUGCCCAGUUGCAUGGACUGUUUACGGUUGCAUUGUAUCACAGUAUGGUGAUAUGGAGGAUCGUAUCCAAGUACCAGGACAGUCUCCAAACCCUAUGAUCAAGGAAUACAUUAAAGAUCAUUUCGGAUACAAUCCGGACUUCAUGGCGCCCGUUGCUGUGGUUUUGGUUGGUUUUGCAGUCUUUUUCGCCUUUAUGUACGCUUACGCUAUUAAGACAUUGAACUUCCAAACAAGAUAGGUAGAUAUGGAUAGUCACAAAAGCUUGUACAUAUUGCCUGAAGCCACCUCUUCUUUUUUCACAAAAACAUAUGGCAAUUGUUAUACAUUAUGAGUAUAAUAUAUGGGAAGAGAGAUAAAAAGGGCAUACACUUCUAGGUCUAGGAUCUUUAGUGAUGUGUUUGUAUUUAGGAGUUUUGCAGGUAACUAUUUCUAUAGCACUGAGGAACAUUCAUUCUUAUGAAAAAAAAAAAAAACUCCAAGUGUAGUCUCCUCAGAAUAGCACAAAAAUGUAAGCAAUAACUCUGCUUCCAGAGGGCAAAAUGUAAUUGUACAUUAUUGAUGCUUAUAUACAAUUAAGAUUAUUUUUUUGUUGCACUGCA